AUGAUCAUCAACGGGUACAAAAGUAAAUUAGAGGCAAAUCCCGAAAUUUCGUUAAGACAGGUACGGACACUUCUUUCUAAAGAAUUAGGCAUUGGUAUUACGACGAUCUCCAACACGAUUACAGAAUAUCGCAAUUCCAAAACAGUUUCAUCACCUAAUCGGAAAAAAAUUUUUAAAAACGUGACUGAUAAGGUUGACGAUUUUGACAAAGAAGCGAUACGAAGAAAAGUGCAUCAGUUUUGGACGGUAUAUCAGGGAUAUAAGGCAAUAUACAGAGAGGAAGGUCGUCCGAUAUACUACAUCGACGAAACGUGGGUAAACGCCGGAGAUGUACCAAUAAGAGUGUGGAAUGAUACGACGGUCACAUCGAGCCGAGCUGCAUUUUCACAGGGUCUAACUACAGGAGCAGUUAACCCCACCGGAAAGGGAAAGCGGCUGAUAGUGUGUCACAUCGGCUCCGAAGAUGGAUUUGUUCCAGAUUCAUUAUUAUGCUUUGAGUCGAAGAAAAAUACCAACGACUAUCACGAUGAAAUGAAUGGCGAUACUUUCCGUGAUUGGUUUGAAGGUGUUUUACCGAGGCUUAAGGAUAAUGCGGUGAUAGUUAUGGACAACGCGCCGUACCACUCAGUGAAGUUGGAGAAAAUCCCGACAACAGCCUGGAAAAAGGCUGAUAUUAUUGGAUGGCUGCAGAGCAAGGGAGAAGUUUUUCCAAAUAAUAUGAUAAUACCGGAGCUUUUGGAUAUUGUCAAAAGAAUAAAACCUAUUUAUUCAAAAUACGCCAUUGACGAGUUGGCUUUACAGCACAACAAAACUGUGUUAAGGUUACCGCCUUACCAUUGCGAACUCAACCCCAUUGAGAUAGCUUGGUCUAUUGUAAAACGUCACGUGAAAACAAACAACAAGUCAUUCAAAUUGUUUGACAACUUCAUAAGUCACACAAUAGAUGAAGAAAAUAAGUUUUGGAGCAUCGAUGACACAGUGGACGAAUUGACGGCAGAGCACACAACAUUAGUUGCAACAUAUGGAAACAGCGACAGCGAAGAUGACGAUUUCAAUUAUUUAUCAGAUUGA